GGACAGGCUAUUUUUAAUUAAAUAGUUUCCUUUAAAUAAAUUUUUAAUAAAUCUUAAACUAGCAAACUUAAUGAAUAUUAAAGCAAAGGCAAAUUAAAAUUCUUUAACUACUCUAAUGAAUUAUAUUAUUUCACUUAGGCUUGCAACAUUAGCGAGAAAAAAGAAGAAGCUGGGGUUGACACAGAACCCUCUGCCUGCUGGUGAUGGUCCUGCAACACCAACCUUGCCAGAGAGCCCAGGCGGUGAAAGUUCGGUCCCCACAGUGCCAGAUGUAACCACCAUGGCGUCUUCAGUGGCGGCGUGUACAUCACGCAACACUGAUGACAGUACACAUACUCUGUCCGAUGACUAUCAAGGGAAUGAUGACCUUCCUCCGCUGAUAGUGGUUUACGAGCCUCCAUUGCCACAGACAGAUCCGGGACUCAGUAUGUUAGAGGGUCGAAUGAUGGUUGACGUUCGUCACUUCAUGGUGCAAUGCCGUCUUCUGGAGAGACACAGGUGUCCCAUUUCAUCUUCAGGAACAUAUUUUCUGGAAAGUGUCAACAGGUACGGUCUGCUGACAAAUUUUAAAUUUAAGUGCACUCACUGCAAUCAAGAGCAGCAGUUCAAAUCUGAGCCUGUGGAAUGCCUUCCAGUGGGAAGAAAAAGAAAAUGCAAAAUCGAUACCAACUUAGAUAUCAACGAUAAGAUUGUUUGGGGCGCAAUUUCGGUUGGUCUAGGCUACGGACCAUUGUAUGAACUAUUGUCACUAAUUGAUAUGCAUCCUAUGAGCCCGGGUUGCUUUUCUUAUCACGAGAACAGAAUCGGAGAGCACUGGAAGGCAAUGUUGCAGAAGGAAAUGGAAGAUGCUGCACUGGAAGAGUUCUCUAUGGCGAAAGAUGAUGGACGCAUCUGUAUGGUUGGAAAUGAGGAAUAUGCUUGGACCAUAGGAAUUUUGGAUGGAGGUUGGAGCCAAAGAUCCUAUGGUCAUAGGUAUUCUGCUAAGUCUGGAUGUGCUAUAAUAAUUGGCUUCUACACUAAGAAAUUGUUAUUCCUUGGUGUGAGAAACAAAUAUUGUACCGCAUGCAUUCGGAGCGAACGGAUGGAAAAGGAACCUACGCCUCACCUGUGUUUCCGGAACUGGACUGAUUCUUCCACUGCAAUGGAGGCAGACAUUAUAGUGGAAGGUUUCCGGUUCUGUGAAGCCAAGUACAAACUUCAAUUUAAGAAGUUUGUUGGUGAUGGGGAUUCAAGUGUGCAUGCAGCCAUAGUUGUAAAUGUUUCGUACGGAAGAGAUGUUGAAAAGAUUGAAUGUGCUAACCAUGUCGUGAAGAAUCUCAAAAAGAAUCUUUAUGCCAUAGCCAAGGGCAUCCAUAUGCGGCAUCUCAGCCAGUCGAAAAUCAAAGCCCUCUGUCGCUGUGCAAGAGGUUGUAUCAGCAACUGUGGGGGUGAUGCUAUGCUACUUCAAUCAACACUUCUAAAUGUGCCCAACCAUGUGUUUGGAGACCAUAAGUUAUGCAAUUUAGAUGUGUGUGAGAGAGCUGGUAAAACAGCAAAUCCCUGCAGUUAUGACGCAUUGCCUCGUGAAUUGAUUGUGGGAAUCAAACAAGCUUUUGACCGAGUGAGAGCAAAGUCACAAGCACUUGUAAUGGAUCUCACAACCAACCAAGCAGAAAUGUACAUGUCAUUAGUUGCAAGGAUGGCUGGCGGUAAGCAGAUAAACCGUUCACAGCAGGGGUCUUACAGCCGUAGGGCUACUGCUGCUGGUUUGUCUUUCCAACUUCGCUACAAAUGGCAUGGACAAACUAUGAAGGCGAUCACAGGUCACAGCCCUGGAGUGACUGUGAAGCGAUUAAUGGCAAAAAGACAGAAACAGCAGGCGAACUGUAGGCGAAGGUUGGAUAUGAAUCCGCAUGUACCACGGAAAUCGGAAUCAUUUAAACCACAGGGUGAUAAGAGCUAUGGUCCUCAUGCAACUCAGCCUCCAGCUUCUGGUCUUGAACUAGAAAUUCUGACUGAGUCUGUGAUGAGAAGCAUAGAGCUUACAGUGCAAGAAAGGAAUGAUCUGGAGGUGCAGACACGAGAUCAAGGAAGCAGUCAGUUGUGGAUGAAGGAGCGGAGAAAACGAGUCACUGCUUCCUUUUUCGGACGUGUCUGUAAAAUGAGGGAAAAUACUUCGUGUAAAGUGACAGUGGAAGCGAUUGUGUACAGUCGUGUAUUGGAGAAUGCUGCCACAAUACAUGGUCUAGCAAACGAGCGCAUAGCUGUCGCUUUAUACGAAGAACAAACAGGCCAUACUGUUAAACAAUGUGGUCUCUUCGUUGACCUUCAGCAUUGCUUUCUUGCAGCUUCUCCUGAUGGUUUAGUUGAUGAAGAUGGUUUGGUGGAGGUGAAAUGUCCAUACUCUGCAAGGGAACUUAACCCUUUAGAUGCAGCAAUGCAGCUGAAAACGUUCUUUUGCAGAGUUGUCGACGGCGAGCUUUGCUUGAAUCGCUCUCACAAUUACUACUAUCAAGUGCAAGGGCAAUUACACAUCACACGAAGAAAGUGGUGUGAUUUUGUCGUUUGGACAACGAAAGGCAUUUCAAUAGAAAGAAUUGUGAGAGAUGAUUGUUUCUGGCUUGAGAAAAUGGAGUCAAAAUUGUUGCGAUUUUUUAACAACUGCUUGUUGCCAGAGCUUGCUGAUCCAUGUCGUCCCAGGGGACAACCGAUUCGUGAGCCAGAAUAUAUUAUACAGGCACAAGAAAGUCGUUCAAAGAAACGCAAAAUUUCAGAUGUGUGAAUUUUGAGAGACAGAAAUUGUGUGGCUGACGAGAACUCUUUUUUUUAAUUUGAUACAGUGAUGCUUUAUAUCUGAUAAAAAAAUUCUAAUUAUUGUUUACUUCUCAUGCUUGUACAAAUUGAACAGUACUGUAAAUGUAUUUGAUGACAUAAGCAAUAGUAAGUUAUUAGCUGAUAUUGAAUACAAACAUUUUUUUUCAUGACUACAAAAAAUAAGGUUCUCUGGUUGGCGAGUGAUUAUAUUAUACUAAUGUCAAAAAGAUGUUAUCGGUAAAAAAUAAAUGAAGUUAUUUUAUACCACUGAUUCACUACCCAUAAAAUCAAACUGUAACGUCUUUGCAACUAGUAUCUCAUACAAGAAAUAUAUAACAUAUUCGUGCUUCAUUUUGUAUAAAAAUAAAACACAUAUAUAAUAUCGGGAGACAGCCUUGAAAAUCGUGCAUAUCACCAACAUGGCCAAUCAGACUCACAGUCAUGUUUACGAUAGCAAGACAGCUAGCAAACCAGUUCAGUUUAUAUGCAGCUUAACUGAAAAAUUUAUUCAAUAUUUUCGGGGUGGUUUUACGCUCAAAAUUAAUACAAAACCAAAUCAGCAAUCCUUGUAUUAUCAUUUAUAAUACUACAAAAUAUCUUCCAUUUCCUUCGAAUUGUAUUGAGCACUAAAAUAUUGAUUUACUUUUGGCCCAGAUUUUAUUCGACGAUACUCUGUAGAGUUUAGCUUGUUUGCAUUCUUUAUUUAUUAGGUUUAAAUCAUGGCCAAAUUUAUUGAAGUGUAACACAAAUUAUAUAUUUGUGUGUGCCUGGUUAGGAAUUUGUAUGAUGUACUUACUAGAAAAACUAUGUCAUAUCAGUGUAAUAGUUGUACCCUUACAAGCGUUGAAUAUUUAUGAAACAUUUUAUUUCUUUUGUUUUUAAAGCCGCAGACUUGUAUUUUAUUUAUUGCAUUUAGACAACAACAUGCGUCCGUGUUUUCUACAUUGCACGCUCUGUAAUAUUUUGAAUGUUAUAGUAAUUUUUGCUUUUUAAAAUCUGUGAUUUAUGUGCAGUAGAAUGAUUUGUAAUUUAUGAUUAUUUCUUUUCAUAUUUUUAAUGAGCCAUUUGCUAAUAUUAUAUACACUUCUCCAUUUAUUAUAAUAAAC